UUUCACUCCUUCCCUAGUCUUCUGAGUCCUACGGUGGUGCUUCUUGUCUGUGAAUUUCUUCUCUCUUUAUUUUUUAUUUUUACUAUCAUUUCCCCUAUUCUCGGGAACCAAUGCGCGACCCACGCUCCGAUUAAGCGACGGCUUGGAACCCGUGGUGGGCAAGGGGGGAAUCAACGCAGAGUAGUGAUGGAGAGCACCCCUUCAAAGGCUGGAUUGAACCGAGCACAUCUACAAUGCAGGAAUCUGCAGGAGUUCCUUGGAGGUCUGAACCCUGGGGUAUUGGAUCGACUGUAUGGACACCCUGCUACCUGUCUGGCUGUCUUCAGGGAGCUCCCGUCUUUGGCUAAGAGCUGGGUGAUGCGGAUGCUCUUUCUGGAGCAGCCUUUGCCACAAGCUGCUGUGACCCUGUGGGUGAAGAAGGAAUUCAGCAAGGCUCAGGAGGAUAGUACAGGGCUGCUGAGCAGCCUCCGUAUCUGGCACGCCCAGCUGCUCCCUGGUGGUCUCCAGGGCCUCAUCCUCAACCCUAUCUUCCGCCAGAACCUCCGCAUUGCCCUUUUGGGUGGGGGCAAGGCCUGGUCUGAUGACACAAGUCAGCUGGGACCAGAUAAGCAUACUCGGGAUGUCCCCUCACUUGAUAAGUACGCCGAGGAGCGAUGGGAGGUGGUGCUGCACUUCAUGGUGGGCUCCCCCGAUGCAGCUGUCAGUCAGGACUUGGCUCAGCUCCUCAUCCAGGCUGGGCUCAUGAAGAGUGCUGAGCCUGGAGAACCACCCAGCAUCACCUCUGCUGGCUUCCAGUUCCUGUUGCUGGACACGCCUGCCCAGCUCUGGUACUUUAUGCUACAGUAUCUGCAGACAGCCCAGAGUCGAGGUAUGGACCUAGUGGAGAUCCUUUCCUUCCUCUUCCAGCUCAGCUUCUCUACUCUGGGCAAGGAUUACUCUGUGGAAGGUAUGAGUGAUUCUCUGUUGAACUUCCUGCAACAUCUGCGUGAGUUUGGACUUGUUUUCCAGAGGAAGAGGAAGUCUCGGCGUUACUACCCCACACGCCUGGCCAUCAACCUCUCAUCAGGUGUUUCUGGGGCUGGGGGCACUGCGCAUCAGCCAGGCUUCAUUGUCGUGGAAACCAAUUAUCGACUGUAUGCCUACACUGAGUCAGAGCUGCAGAUCGCCCUCAUUGCCCUCUUCUCGGAGAUGCUCUAUCGCUUCCCCAACAUGGUGGUGGCACAGGUCACCCGGGAGAGUGUCCAGCAGGCAAUCGCCAGUGGCAUUACAGCCCAGCAGAUCAUUCACUUCCUCAGGACAAGGGCCCACCCAGUGAUGCUUAAACAGACACCCGUGCUGCCGCCCACCAUCACGGACCAGAUUCAGCUGUGGGAGCUGGAAAGGGACAGACUCCGGUUCACUGAGGGCGUCCUGUAUAACCAGUUCCUGUCGCAAGUGGACUUUGAGCUGCUGCUGGCCCACGCGCGGGAGCUGGGCGUGCUAGUGUUCGAGAACUCUGCCAAGCGGCUCAUGGUAGUGACACCAGCUGGCCAUGGUGACGUCAAGCGCUUCUGGAAGCGGCAGAAGCACAGCUCCUGAGCAUAUGCACUAGGACAGGAGCCAGGCUCAGUCCUCUAACUCAGGGGUUUUUACUUAUUAGUGGAGACUGUUAAAUAAAGUCAUUUUGAAAGUGA